AUGCUGUUACUGCUCCUGUUGCAGUCUUUAUGGCCGAUCUUGACCGUACAUGCCGCCAAUGAACCAUACACAGGUAUCGAUUGGAAGACCGUCGCUGGAUGUGAGGAAAAACGAGAGGAGAACUUCUACGUGCUGGGAUGCAACCAAGUGUUCUACCGCUGCUAUGAUGGACAUGCCUAUGAGUACAAGUGCCCGUCGAAUCUCUACUUCGAUCCAAAAAGGAACCGUUGCAACCAUUUGGAGAAAACGAGCACCUGCUUGGAUGAGGCUAAGAACAGGAACAAACUGAUCAGAGGGAUAAAACCAUUCGACUGUACUGGACGUGACGGCAGUUUCGAGCACCCGGAAAGCCGAUGUGACCAUGUCUACUACACGUGUGUACACGGGCGACCAAUUCGACAACAAUGCCGCGAGUGCCAGGCUGUCUUUGAUGAACAGGAGGAUCUCUUGACUUCAAACGUAACGUGCAAUCAUGUAGGAAUCCCGAAGGAGAAAGAUAAGGUGAUUUAUGCGCCCGCACCUCCACCUGUUCCACCUCAAGGCAACGAUGACGGUGAAUUCAACUGCCUCAACCGUCCCGAUGGAGAGUACAGCAUUGGAGAAUGCUCGAAUGUUUUCUGGAAAUGUGCCAAUAGUAAAGCGUUCAAGUACGAAUGUCCUGCGCUGUUGGAUCCGAAUAGUGCUGCUAGA